UUGGGAAGCGCGUGGUGUUCCAGAAACAUGGCGGAGCACCCGAGGAAGCGACCGUGUGGUCCAGGUGAACACGGCCAAAGGGUUGAAUGGCGAAAAUGGAAGCAGCAGAAGAAGGAGGAGAAAAAGAAGUGGAAAGACCUCAAAAUGAUGAAAAAACUGGAGCGGCAGCGAGCCCAGGAGGAACAGGCUAAGCGCCAGGAGGAGGAGGAGGCUGCUGCCCAAAGUAGAGGCCAGGGACGGCCUUACACUCUGAGUGUAGCCCUGCCAGGCUCCAUCCUGGACAACGCACAGUCACCUGAGCUUCGCACCUAUCUGGCUGGCCAGAUUGCCAGAGCCUGCACCAUCUUCUGUGUGGACGAGAUUGUGGUGUUCGAUGAAGAGGGCCAAGAUACCAAGACUGUGGAAGGGGAAUUCAGGGGAGUUGGCAAGAAGGGGCAGGCAUGUGUACAGCUGGCCCGCAUCCUGCAGUACCUGGAGUGUCCACAGUACUUGAGAAAGGCCUUCUUCCCCAAACACCAGGAUCUGCAGUUCGCAGGGAUCCUCAACCCCUUGGACAGCCCUCACCACAUGCGGCAGGACGAGGAAUCGGAGUUCCGAGAAGGCGUCGUGGUGGACCGGCCCACCAAGGCUGGCCACGGCUCUCUGGUCAACUGUGGGAUGAAGAAGGAGGUGAAGAUUGACAAGAAACUGGAGCCCGGACUUCGGGUGACCGUGCGACUGAACCAAAAGCAGCUCCCGGAAUGCAAGACAUAUAAGGGAACAGUCGUGUCUUCACAGGACCCCCGCACCAAAGCCGGUCUCUACUGGGGUUACACCGUCCGCCUGGCCUCCUGUCUCAGUGCUGUGUUUGCUGAGGCUCCCUUCCAGGAUGGGUAUGAUUUGACCAUUGGGACAUCAGAACGUGGCUCUAACGUGGCCUCUGCCCAGCUGCCCAGCUUCAGGCAUGCUCUUGUGGUGUUCGGGGGCCUCCAAGGGCUGGAAGCUGGAGUGGAUGCUGACCCCAACCUGGAAGUGUCUGAACCCAGUGUCCUCUUCGACUUUUAUGUCAACACAUGCCCCAGCCAGGGCAGCCGUACCAUCCGCACUGAGCUGGCUGUGAAGACAAGGAGGAGCUGGACAGCCAACUUCUUUCCUCCCAGGAGGCCGUACUCAUCUCCCUGGCUGCCCUGCAACCUGGUCUCACGCAGGCAGGUUCCCACCUGACAGCCUUGCGGAUCCAGGAUGGAGAAGCAGCAGAAAAUAGAGGGUCACCAGGAACAAACACGGUCAUGACGUGUCUACAAAAAUAACCACCUUUAAUAUGAGCCAGCCCAGUCUCCCUCACUUGCUGCCAGCAGUGAUGGCCUUAAGGUUCCCAGCUCGCGCCAGGAUAUUGGGCACGAAGAGCAGUCCCGAGGCCCGCUCAAUGCUCUCGAUGGGCACCAGGAAACACUCCAAAGGGAUGGUCUCGUCCACAGGGGCAUUGGGCAUCACAUAGGAACGCAGCUCAAUCUGCCCGCUGGUGGCCUCCAGGAUGAGCACCUUGAAGAAGUGUGUGGGCACUGCCACGUGGUUCUUCCCGAUAACCUGGUACUUUACAUAGGACUUCCCAUCAGCCUCCGUCCUGUGGAAAGACCCAGGCAAACGUGGCUAGGAGGCGUGGUUGGACACAAGGCCACCCCUUCCAGGAAGCCCUCCCUGACUUCCAACAAGAAAUUUAUGUGCCAUGCCUGGUUGUCUCUUUGGGUCUAGGAACUCCGUAAGGUGGGGACCAAUGCUUAAUCCUACGCUUUUCUGCCCAUUGUUGCUUCAGACAGAAUGGGUGGCAAUAAAUGCUGCUAGAGGAA